ACAAACGAAAGAAGAACUAAAAUGGCGGCGGCAGCGGCUGCGUCUGGGGAGCGCCGUUCCCGGUCACAUGACCGCCCGAUCUGGGAGGGGGAGCCGGGAGUGUUUUCUCUUUCAUUUCCGACGGGCUCCCACACGUAGGAAACCCGGCAGUGCCUUCUGUUCCUCGUCAGAACCCGGGUCUGGCGGCGGGUGGGUCGCCGAGGGGCGGCGGAGGCGGCGGCCGGGAGGCAGAGACGCGUCUCCACCCAGCGCGCGCCGCUCUGGACGCGCCCUCCUCCUCCUCCUCCGCCACUGGAAGCGGAGCGGGGCAGAGAGAGGAAAGCGCUCAGGUGAGUGACGGCCAGCGGCGCCCCAUAAGCAGCCGGGGGGGGGGAGGGAAGGAGGAGGAGAAAGGGCCAGAGCCCCUCACACUGUUCUCAACAAAGCCCCUCACGCCUGGAGGAGGGAGGGGGUGGCAAAAGGCUACUUCAACAGUCACCUCAACCAUAAAUAUUGACAACAGCGCCCUACAAAUGCUCUCUGCGUAGGGGGCAGGGUAGGCUCAAAACGUCAUCAUAAAGGAUUUUAAUCUGCAUUUUGACAGCAUACUCCCCCAAAGGGGCUAACCUAUAAAAGUAUACAAUGCAAUAUGAAAAUCUAAAAUGCCCAUUUCAUAAACUGACAUGGUGAAUUGCCUUGAGAUCUUUUGAUGAAGGGCAGUACAGUGGUUAAGUACUUAAUUCGUUCUGGAGGUCCGUACUUAACCUGAAACUGUUCUUAACCUGAAGCACCACUUUAGCUAAUGGGGCCUCCUGCUGCUGCUGCGCCGCCGGAGCACGAUUUCUGUUCUUAUCCUGAAGCAAAGUUCUUAACCUGAAGCACUAUUUCUGGGUUAGCGGAGUGUGUAACCUGAAGCGUAUGUAACCUGAAGCGUAUGUAACCCGAGGUGCCACUGUAUAUAAAUAAAAUAACAUUUAAUAAUGCAUGCACGCACACCCCACACACUGUGUCCCCAGGGUGGGUGGGUGGGUAUCUGGCUUGAUCUGUCUGUGCCUCAUCUCUGGGGAAGCACUUAAUUCCCUCCGUCACCCCCCAAGUUAAAUCGGUUUGUUGCGGGCUUGUGGCAUUGAUGUGCUGCCAAAAGCAUCCAUUCAAGGUGGCUCAGGGUUAAAAGCACUGGGCACCCACACAUCCAAACACCUAUCAUUAAACCAGUAGGGUCAUUACAGGUGGCCACCGCAGACGCAUUUGUUCUGAGGUGGUUGUGGGAAAGUCAUGCAGUGUUGUCUCUCACAGUUGCUUAUAACCGCACUUUCAGCCCGUCGCCCCUCUCACUUUUCCGUACUGCAAAAAGUCAGAUUUUUAGAAGCAGGUUUGUGGCACGUGAGCUUGAAAUGUGUUUUGGUUGUGGAACCUGAAUUUAUUUGCUGGCAUCUGAAUCCCGCCCUUUCCUCAUAUGGCCCCCAAAGAAGAAUUUAAGCAAAAUAAAUAGAAUAAAACACUAUUGCAGUCAAAUAGGAAUAUCGAUUCUGUAGGGGGCUGCAGAAUUUAAAAAUUGCCAUGAAAUAAAACAGCAUCAUGGCAAUGUACUGUAUAAAACUUGGGAAAAUGAAACUGUUUUCACUCCAUGCCUAAAAGAUGAUGGUGUAUGCACCGGGCAAAUUGACAACUUGCAACAUUUCUCUUUAGUUUCCUUGUGCCUGUGUCUUUUAAUAGGAACCUGACUCAUGAAAAUGACACCACUGAAGGUUUCCCUGCUGCUUAGCUCCAUGUACACAAUUAAUUCAUUUUUAGUUCAACGGUGUAGCUUUUCUCCAGAAUUGUGGUUACUUGAGAUCUGCAGAUGACAGGUGGUAUACAAAUUUAAUAAAUAAUAAUAGGCAUUUGAAACCCCUCCCCUCUAGGGGUUCAUUGACACCUUUUCUUCCCCACAUGCACCCACCCACAACAUCACUGGACAAAUGACUGCAGGGCAAUCAGUCUGCAAUAAGUUUUUACUUUCAGAAUGAAUUCUGUUUCUCAAGAAGUGUUUUUCAGGGGCAAAAAACAUACAAUAAAUCUAGUUUGUAUUUGGACUACAUAGCGGGGGUAGUACUCUUUCUCCAUUGACUCUAAUACAAAAUGUUUGUACACAGCCCUAGUCACUGUUUAAAGGCCAAGGGGGAGGGCCAAACUGGUAACCCUGUAUCACAUGUGGGGGGAAACCCUGUGCCACCAGCCAGUCCUUAGCCUGCCUUAGGCGGUUGAAAUACAAUAUCCUGUGCUAUAGGCCUGGCUGUUUCUAGUAGACUCCUUUAAACAGCCAUGUGACAGAUUAAAAGCCAAAGGCAGCAGUCUCCCUGAAGUUUAAGUCUUCCCAGUUGGAUCUCUGCAUGUCACACAGCUAUGAAAAAUGCAAGAGGGAACUGGCAACUUGGUGGGAUGAGCAGAGGGGUUAGAUCAGUUGCUAAUUGAUGUGUGUUUCUUGCAAUGUUCUCAGCUAAAAUAUAUAAUUCAGUGCACCUCCCUCGCUGGUUUUCUUACAGAGGCACUGUCUUUAAAGUUUGCUCAUAAAUUUGCAGCGUCUGUCUGAGAAGUAGAAGUUUCACACAAUAAAACAUUAAUAGAAAUGUUUCCUCAUGGAGUCUCCUUCCCUUUCAGUGUCAAUGGCAGUGCAAUCAAUGCAUAUGAACCAAACACUAGAAAUGAAAGCAAAACUAAUGAAUCAAUUUUACUGCCUCACCCCAAGUGGCAGAUGGCAGCAUUUUAAGAUCUUUGCCAGAUCUUUUAUCAGCCAUAAAUGAGUCUCUUGACUCUUGAAGAGGCUCUGCAUGUAGAUUUCUUUCACACAGUGUUCUCAGUUUCAGUCUUUUCGUUUAUCCUGCUCCUUAAUAUCUCCCCACCCCCAUCCCGCUUUCUGUUUUUCUCAUCUGGCUCAAACAGAAAUGGCAAUGCCAGUCAAGACAACCACAUAUUUGGUUGAUUGUGUAGAAGGAAUCAAAAGUUAAGCCCCUGACCUUCUGCUUAUCCAUAUGGUGACAGAAAGAUAAAGUCCAUGAAGAAAUCAGGAGUUUCUUUUCUCUGGCUUCCUCCUUUCGUCACAGCUUCAAAAAUAUCAGCAUGUUGGCAGGAUUUUUUGGCUAAGUCUGUAAAAUCUGGCAGCAGCUCUGGCUGCGCUGGGAUCAUUGGCAGAUACUAAAGUGUGGAAGGCAUGGUAGAGAUGGAAAAGAGAAGUAGCAACAGCUGAAGUCCUCAGACCACUUCCUCUAUAGAGUUGUGAAUCUUGCAAGAUUAAAAGGGGUUUAAAGAUUGCAGCAUUUGAAAUUUCUGUUUUGCCCUUUUUGGUGCCAACUUUUAAUUUGGCCCCUGUAUCACAGCCUCUGGUGGCAGCUUGAUCUGCAGACAUUUGCAGGUGGUCAUGUUUUUCUUCCUGCUAUCAAUAGCUUCCAAAUGCUGAUUUCUGCAAAUCAAGCUGCUGUUUAAGGCUCAAGAGCAGCCCAAGCAGGUUUUCUGGUCAGCUGGCAUCCAAUGCCAAUCCAGUUUAGUUAGAACUUCUCCAAGGCUUUACAUAGUCAGCUGCAUUAAAUCCUGCUAAGAUUUUAAUUUGACUAGAUUUCAGAGCUGAUAUAACAUUUUAUCCUAGGUAAAGAUGUGAAGCCGUGUUGGAGCAUUGAUUCAGCAUCCAUCUCCAUGAAUCUUAAAUUUCCAAUCAAAUACAUUAGUUCUUUCUGUGAUUGCAGGCAUAAGAUUUCAACCUGUCAAUGGUUUUUUUAUAAAGAUUGGUCUACAAGAAGAGAACAGCUAUAUGGAGCAAAUAAAAACAUGUUAAAUCAUUAACAAACAUCAGUUUCAAGUUUAUUAGCUGCUUGCUACUCAGUGUCAGCUGAAUGCUUUUGUUUGUUGCUUGUUUGUAUAAUGUACUUUGCAACUUCCAUUUCAUCAUGAAUAAUAUGGGGAGGGGGAGAGCCAUGCAUGAUACCCUGAACUUGAAGGAAAGGUAUAUAAAAAGGAAAAAGGAAAACAAAUAACUAAAUUAAAAACAGUUUCAUAACUGGUGCAAUUUCUUUGCUACACUUGCACUAAAAGAAACAGUUCCACUUCUCUGCCUCCCCCCACCCUUUAGCAGUCUGUCAUUAACUGCCAUGUGGGGAGGAUCCUGGUGUAUUGUUAAAUGUUAAUAAUGUUUCUUGUGCUUUACAAAUACAUAAGUGAGUGCUGUUUGUAAGCUGCUUUGUAUUAUAACCUGAAAGGCAGGAUAUAAACAAUUGUAACAAAGCCAUAAUAUAUUGGAAGCAGUUUUGCACGAAGUCAGACAAUGGUCCAUCAAUCUCAAUAUUAUUGAUGCUGACUAGCAGUAGCUUUCCAAGGUUCCGGGCAGGUCUUUCUCACUGGAGAUACCAGGGGUUGAACCUAGGAUUUACUGUAUGCAAAGCAUGUCCUUUUCUACCAAGCCAUUCCUGUACUUCAUCGGUUUCAGCGCCAUGUAAACAAACAAGUUUCUUUUUGGAAUAAGAGGAAGUAGAAUAUGCAUUUUGAUGCAGCCUACCUACAAGAUUAUGAUGCCCAUUUCAGCAACUAGUGCACAUAGGACUGAGCAUUUUAAUUUUGUUUCCUAGGUAAGGAUGGCACAGAACAAAUACCUCGCAGCAAAACUGAAAAACUAUUUGCGAGAAGACAAAAUUCAGCUAUGGAAACCCCCAUAUACAAACAGCUACCAGGAGGCGGGUGAGGAGCUGAAGGCAAGUAGUCUGUGGCUGGCAUAUUGUUGCUGCUUUUUAUUUCGUGCAAAUUUACUGCUUUCAUUUCUUAACAGAUCCAUUUUUAUCAUCCUAGGCUCUCGCACUGCAAUAUUCAGCCAGGCUAAAUUGUAAUGACAAUGAAAUAGAGGCCCUCCUGGAAGAGAUACGCUCCAAAGCAGUCGAGCGAGGAACGAAAAAUGAAGCAUAUAAGAUGACAGGAGUUGCGACGCUUGAAGUAGCCUUGCCUACAAGGAUGGGUAAAGUAAGUAAUUGUUUAAUGUUCUCAAAAGAAGCAUAUGUAAUACGUUCAGUAAUUGCUGUGGAUGUGUAACAAAUGGAAACAUUUCAUGUGUACAGAACAGGCAGAUAGGCUGCCUGAUAUGGGUCUUCUCCUUGCCUUAUGUAGGGGUGAUGGAGCAAGGAGCCACUCGAUUGGAUAGCUCAGUUGGUUAGAGCAUGGUGCUGAUCAUGCCAUGGUCUCAUUUUUGAUCCCCAUAUGGGAUAGUUGCAUAUUCCUGUAUUUCAGGGGGUUGGAUUAGAUGAUUCUCAGAAUAAUUUCCUUUUUUUUCCAAGUGAAUUUUUAUUGUUUUCCUUACAUAUUCUUUUCCAACAAAUUGUAAUAGCACCAUACAUUCCCUUUGACUCUGCCAAGUCACGACCCCCCUCCCUCCCCACAACUGGUAUAUUUAUCCUCUUUCCAUCACACACAUCAUUCUCAAAUUAGUACUGUUAUACAUUGGAGGUAUUAUGUCAAUCCUGCUAGUGUCUUGACCUCUUUACAAUUCUUCUUUAAAUAUUCAAUAAAUUUACUCCAGUUAUUUUGGUAUCUUUGAUCUCCCUGGUCCCGGAUCCUCCCUGACAGUUUGGCAAGUUCUGCAUAUUCUGUCAACUUCGCCUGCCACUCCUGUAUAGUUGGUAUAUCUUGUACUUUCCAUCUUUGGGCCAGAAGGGUCCUCGCAGCAGCUGUAGCAUACAUGAACAAAUUUUGAUCUUCUAUUUUAAUUUCUGUUCCUAUUAAGCCUAAUAGACACGCUUCCGGUCUUUUGGGGAAAGUAUAUCUAAAUAUUUUUUUGAGUUCAUUAUAAAUUGAUUCCCAAUUUUUUUUUAUCUUAUCGCAGGUCCACCACAUAUGGAAAUAGUCCCCAUCUGCCUUUUUGCAUUUCCAACACUUUCUUUCUUUUUUCCUAUACAUUUUAGCUAAUUAUACUGGCGUCAAAUGCCAUCUGUACAUCAUUUUUAGCAAGUUUUCCUUUAAAGCCAUGCAUCCUGUGAAUCUCAAGAAUAAUUCUCAGAAUAAUUUCCAGCUGCACAAUUCUAAUAUUCAGUGAUUGGACUUCUUUCGUUUUACCUUAAGGCUUCAUCGCAUGGAACUUCACAGUUGGAAAGGAUAAAGUGUUGAGUGUCGUGCUUGGUCCUCCAGUGCUUUUAAAAAGCAAUUUACAGAUUUGACAUUGGUGUCAAAUAGCCCUAACAUACACCAUUGUUUAGAAUAAAAACACUCAAUUCCGGAAAGAAAUUUGGAUUUCUUGAAUUUUUUAAGUCUCCUUGGAAGGAACCACACAGUUCGCUUUAACUUGGCAUUUAUAUCUCGGCAGGCAAGAAAAAAUGUGCUGGAGACAAAAUUGGUCAUCACAGGCAAGGAGCUCAGAUCUCAGUAAGUAAUUACCAAUUGCCUUUUUGAGGUUUUCUUCCCUGCCCCCCUUUUAUAUAGUUCUUUUAGUACCAUAUAAUUUGGGUCUGGUGUAUUCGUAUUUGAUAUUUAACUUAGUAAUGCCUCCUAAAUUGAACACAGUAAUGGCACCUUUGGCAUAUUUUGCAAAUAUUUGUAUCAAAAGGUGCAGGUGGAUUUUGUGCAUAUUUUUUCAAAAGUAAGUCUGUGAAUUCAUUGGGAUUUACUUGUAGGGUUAUAGCCCUGUGUGAUUAUCAGUUGAAACAAGAACGGGACUGACGAAGCCUUUUGCUUCUGUGUGGUUCUUGGUCUAUAGCAGUGGUUCUCAAACUCCCCCCAUCCCCAUGGACCAUUUGAAAAUGGCUAAGGGUCUUGGUGGACCACUUAAUGUUUUUUUUCUGCCUGUUGUAGCAAAAGUCAACUUCCUGUCUGUGUAGUAAAAAUGUGUGGGGGAAAACCUCAUUAUUCAGAAAAAAAUAAAAUAUUUCAGUAUUUCCUCCCCCCCCCCCCGAAAAAUAAGUUAGAAGUAAACAAAAAACACUAAUACCCUGUUAAAACUGAAUAGCAUUUAAUAUCUAUUGCUCUGCUUCACAGAAUAGCACAAGCAUAUGGAUUGGAAGAAAAUUGCAUCAAAAUAAUUAUAAAUAAGAAGCAGCUUGACCUGGGUAUGUAUCUUAUAGUUUCAAAUACGGUAACCAUUUUGUGCGCAUAUGAUUGACAUGAAACCGCCAACACACACGCUGCUUUUGGCCCUAGAAGACGGCAGAGGUUGGAGCAGGCUUACGUGUGACUGCUGACAUGCACACUGACCUGGAACACAACCCUCAUGCAAAUGGCAAGAUGCCUGUAUUUACUAUAAAGUAUUGUACAGCCACAGCCAGUAUUUUAAUUGAAGCUGUGCCUCUUUUCUUUUUCUUUUUCCUUUUAAGCCAUACGUUUAAAAAACUUUUAAUCCCAUAUUCCUUCAGCUGACUUUGACGCGUUAAACUUGCUUCCAUUUUACAGGAAAGACUCUAGAAGAGCAAGGUGUGACGCACAAUGUCAAGGUCAUGGUGCUUGAGCUGAAACUGUCCGAAGAAGAAACCAGGAAGAAAGUCCGCAGUGAGGAAAUGCAACAGGAGGAAGAGGCUGUGAAGAAAAAAGAAAUGAACAAAAGGAUGCAAAGGACAAAAAAAGGCUUAGAAAUACUUGCAGAGCGAGGUAAGGAGCUCUUGUAAAUCCCAUCAUUAGCAGUACAGAUUAAAAUUCCAUUUAAAGAAGAAUAAUGAAAUGGAAAGGGCAUUGUCCUGCUUUGCAAAUAGUGUGAAGAUGCAUGUCGUUCUUAAAGAGAGUCAAAGCUGGUUUUUCUCUCACAGUGUAAGCCCAGAUCUGCUUUUCCCUCAACAGACAUACCAGCAAUUGCAGUCCUGGAACACCUAUCAGCCUUGCCCGUCCUUCAUGCUUCAGGCAUGUCAGAUGCUGCUGUGGUUGCUCGAGAGUAACCAGGCAGGACUCCGACCUGUCUUUUACAGGCUUCAUUUUGGGUCAAACUAUUUACAGUGCAGAGCGUCAUAAGUUCAUGUCUGGCUCAAUCGCUAGCAGAAUCCGGGAUUGCUUUGUUCUUGUACCUCCCCCAACAUAAAAGUUCCGUCACCCCCAGCCUUUUCUGCCCCUCCCUGCGCCUCAAGCUACUGCGCAUGAUGGGCGAAGGCAGGGGUAUUCUUCCCUCCUCUCCGGCUUGCUCAGGUGCGGUGUUAAGGCUCUUUCUAGCAUCCUCUGGUUCUUGCACUUCUUCUCCACUGGAGGUGGGGGUUUCCACCUCGCCAGAAGAGGAACUGCUUUGCAAGUUUUUCGGAGGCUCCCUGUCACACAAUUCCCCCAAUAUCUCUUGCCUCUGCGCCAAUGGCAGUUCCCUGACAAGGCAGUUUGUGGGUGUUUUGUUCGCUUACAGCAGAGAAGAGGGACCUUUUGGGCCAGAAGGCCAAAGCAUUAUAUCCCACCCCAUGGGUCACCCACUCCUAACUUCGACAGGUGCUCCACAAGGAUACCAUGUUUCUUUGGUCAUGGUUCUAAAAUCCAGAAUGGUCCAUGCAACUGAAUGGUUGUAUGUGUGUUAUUCCAGCUAGGAGUUUGUCACUGUCAUGGGUGUGAGACACCUGGUUUGCAUGUAAUGCUAAAUAAUAAUAAUAAAUUUAUUAUUUAUACCCCGCCUAUCUGGCUGGGUUUCCCCAUCCACUCUCGGCAACUCCCAAUAGAAUAUUAAAAACACGACAAAUGCAUCAAACAUUAAAAACCUCUUUAAACAGGGCUGCCUUCAGAUGUUUUCUAAAAGUCAGGUAGUUGUUUAUUUCCUUGACAUCUGAUGGGAGGACGUGCCACAGGGCAGGAAAAAUACCUCAAUUUCUUUUGGACAGAGUUGUGUAUUAUUAAGAACCUCAUUCAGGAACCACAAAAUACCUACUUUAAAAAAAAAUAAAGAUGCAACACAAUAAUCAAUUAUUUCUUGUGGCAAUUGUUUUAUCCAGAAACUAAUACAGAUGUGUUGUAUACAGAAUGAGAACAAUCCAGUGAAGCAGGCAUUGUAUUUUAUAGAUGCAAUAUUGAGAAACAGUGUCUUGGUCUAUACAUUAUUGGAAUUUAAAGGACCCAGAGCUAAUCCUGCGAAGACACAUAUUUCCUCAUUUUCUGUCUGAUCUGUUUCAGAGGAUUCCAUGGAUCCCAACAGAGCACCUUACCUGGACAUAGCAAACCAAACCGGAAGAACGAUCAAUAUUCCUCCACAAGCAAAAAAAGUGAGUGUAUGCUGUGAAUAAGUUGUUCAUUCUGUUCUGUUCAUUUCCCCGAAGAACAGGAAAGGCUUGCUUUUAAUUGCAGUUUGCACUAAGGUUUAGUGUUAGUAAAAUGCUUUUCCCUUCACCCCCACAGGCUCUUUUCUUAGCCAUGGGCUAUCAUGAAAAGGGCAGAGCAUUGCUGAAGAAAAAAGAAUAUGCUAUGGCGCUGCCGUUCUUGUUGGAUGCAGAUAAACAUUUCUGGUAAGAACCUCUUGGUACUUUUAAAACAACUUUGGAUAUGGUUCUUUACAGAGCAAUCCCAUAAUGUUCUUUUAAAAAGAACUGGCAGUGUAUCGCUGCUAUAACCAGAACAUGCCCCACAUGGGAAAGAAAGGAGGGCAUGUCAGAAACUUUAAAAAAAUCAGCAAAAACUCCAGCCACAUUUCCACUGCCCUUAGUAGCACCACCCCCCUGCCCACAAAUCCCAGGACAUAGCUGAAUCAAUGCUGCACACCACUCAGAAAUGAAAGGAACCAUGUCAGCCAGUCUGGGGUGAAGCCAUGAGAACACCAUGCCCCAUCAACAUGCACAGCACCCAGCAGCAUGUCACAGUGGGUGCCCCAACCCGUGGAUCGCAGAAGCAGCAAGCAUGCAGCUCCUGAGAGAUGUGAGACAGCCCUUGUGGAAGGAGCUCAGCACCCAAAAUACCACUAUAUUUACACACACUGUUUGAAUGAUAGGAUCUAGCAGAAAUUAAUCAUCAUAAUCUUCCUCUGUGCCACCCACAACAUUUUUUGCACAAGUCUUUAGGUGAUGGAAGAUAUUACGUGGUUAAAUUGUACUCAUCUAUAUGUAGCCCACCCUGGGACUGCAUGAUUAAGGGUGUGCUUCGAAUGCCUAUAAAUAAACCCAGUCUCAUUUUGGUUAUUCCUUUGCCGUCUUUCUCAUAGCGGCGGCCAUGUAUCUGGCAUUUCUGUGCUGAUACAUUGGUGCGUUCUCUGAAUCCUAUUGCCCAAGGGUGCAGAAUCAAUCAUCCAGGAAUUGCAUGCUGGCAGUAAAAGGUAAAGGACCCAUGACAGUUAAAUCCAGUCGCAAACGACUCUGGGGUUGCGGCGCUCAUCUUGCUUUACUGGCUGAGGGAGCUGGCAUUUGUAUGCAGACAGUUUUUCUGGGUCAUGUGGCCAGCAUGGUGAAACCAGAGCAGCACACAGAAACUCCGUUUACCUUCCUGCUGCAGUGAUACCUAUUUAUCUACUUGCACUUUGACGUGCUUUCGAACUACUAGGUUGGCAGGAGCUGGGACCGAGCAAUGGGAGCUCACCCCGUCGCGGGGAUUCAAACCACUGACCUUCUGAUUAGCAAGCCCUAGGCUCAGUGGUUUGGACCACAGUGCCACCCGCUUCCCUUAUGCUGGCAGUAGGAGGGGCCAAAAUAAGACUGGUUGCAGCCAUACCCUCAAAAAUUCUUCUUCAUGCCUAAUUGCUUUGUGGGGUAAUCUUCAUGGAGACUUCUUCUGGGAGGGUUAACCCUUCCCUCCCUAGCUGCACUGUUAAGAAAAGUUCCUACAGCCAUUGGGCUUAGAAACUGCCUUCUAUUAGCAUCAGUAGAAGGCACUUUCAAGCCUAUGUGAGGUGGGGUGUGCUGCAGCUGAGAUAGGAAGGCUACUGCUGGCUGCUACCACCUUUCCUACAGCCCCUAGGCCGAUGGAGUUUCAGUCAAGAACUGUACCCUUAACCACUGUGUUGCACUAAUCCACCAGACUUUUAAGGAAAAUAAUGUGUAUUUUGCAGCACUGCACAUUUUGUGUUCAUGUAAAUUCUACUAUUGGCUGAGCCUCUUUGGAAUACCAAUUGUUUUCUUGUUGUUUUUCAGUGAAUGUGGUUCAGACCUCCUGACCACUGUUGAUAAUUACGCAGUGCUGCAGCUGGACAUCGUCUGGUGCUACUUCCACUUGGGUCAGCUGGAUUGCCUUGAUGAUGCUGAGAAAAAGCUCCUUGCAGCUCAUGAUUGUUUCAGGAAGUGUUACGGAGAGAACCACGAAAGACUGGUCACUAUAAAAGUAGGCUAAAGAGGAUGGUGUGUGGUUGUGGUAGGGUUUAAUUCACUCGCCCUUGUUAUAGAAAAAUGUGUUUUGGAAAUAGGAACUGUCCCACUAGAGCUGGUUGCCUUUGGUACUCAGGACUUGCUUCUUGCUUUUCCCAAGGAAGGAGUGUGUUCUUGAGAACUAAAGGCAUGAAUACAAAAUCUCAGAAAGGAAGCGCAUUCACAAAAGAUGCAUUGAAUCCAGGACUGAUUCUGUAAGAUCACCUGUCAUGUGUCUUCCUUCCAAAUGUUGUUCUUCUGACAUUGCAUUUUUUGCACAUCAUGGAACACAGAAGUAACUCUGAGAAUUGUACUUAAACUUCUGCAAAGGCUAAGGCAGUGGUCAGGGAUAGUGGAAAUUGUAGCAACUCAGGAGGGUUGCAUGUUCUCAAUCCUUGGAAAAUUCAAGCAGAAAACCCAGUUGCGUUGUUAACACUCUUGCUAAGGAAACUGUCGUGUGGAUGUCUGUGGGCCCCUCUCAAAGAGCAACAGUCCUAGGGCCUCUGUUUUACCAAUCUGGUUAGAAAGCCUGAAAGGACUGUAUAAACUAUACUGAGUGAAGAUUGCGGACUUCUGAAAUUCUGUUGUUGCAUACAAAUGGCCUCACGUUCUGUAGCUCCUUUCAUACUCUCCAGUUAUCUGCCCCUUGAGGUUCCGUAUCUUGAAUUUGCACGACAAGCAAAGAAAAGGAAUAAUCCUCCAACUCAGAGCAGUCAUUCAGCCCUACUAUUCCAAUUAAUGUUAACAAAAGUAAUGAAAUCUGAUCCCUGUGUAAUCCGGUGGGAAGGUGCUUCUAAAGAUUAAGCGAAACGCAGAAGCGUUUAGCAGGAGCAUUCCGGCUGUGCCCAUUGAAGUGAAAGGGAGCUGAGCAAGCACCAGGCGGCUCUUGCACAGUUACCAUUUGUUUCGGUGGGGCUUGUCCAGCCUGAUGGUUUUUCACAAAGCAGCAUUACAGAUCCAAAAUAAACUAGGCCCUAAGGCUGGGUUCCCAACACAGCAUCCAUCGGCACCACAGUGCCCUCCUACACAUCAGUCUCAUUAAGGACCCAUUCCCCUCCUAAUUUCUAAAUUGAGGUGUAUGGGGCUUGUUUUGCUUUUGAGUGGAGCUGCUUGUUUGAACAGGGACCUGUUUUUUAUGGAGGGGGUCUUGCUUUCUUGUCUGUGUUUUAUCUGUUCUUUUGCAAGGUGUAGGUGUCUGAGCAGGUACCUGAGCAUCGCCAGUUUUUCUUCUGUGAAAUAUUUUGUGAAAUACUUCUGUGAAGUAUUUUGUGGUGGGUGCCCAUGGCAGUUUUUGAGAUUCCCAGAUGUCCCUAGGCCCAAAAGGUUGGGCAUAUUUUCUCCCCUUUCAAAGCCUUUUGGGUGGCUAACCCACAUACAGCAAAUGACUGAGAAAACAAAAACAAAAAUGUAUAGGUGCUUCUUAUUGUUAGGAAUCUCCUCAUUAUUCAUUGAUUGAAUUUCACAUUAAACCUUUUCUAGAUUAUUGGUUGCAUAUCUGGUUUUCAGAUCCCAACCUCUUAUUUGAUAUUACAGGUUACUUACCUGUAUUCAAGCCUGAUCUUUAACCAGUCCAUUUCAUGGGAUUCUUCGUAGAGAACUCAAGUGUUCUUGUUUCAGUUUCCCAAAUUUCAAGAGAUAAAGUGCAGUGUCAAGUUUGUAUGUUGUUCCAUAUACAAACCAUUUUUUUUGUACCUUAUGAUUGUGGGGUCCUAUUUUUCUCGCAUACAUUUUUUGUAAACUUACAUGACUUUCAGUAAAUAAACAGAAGGCCCAUAAACUAUGUUUUUGUUAAAUUGUACUUUUAAGUUUACCCAUUUAUAAACGCUUGCUUUUCUUUAGGGAAGCUCUGGGAGAGAGAAGGCGUUGUUUCUAAGGCUGUACUUGCUUCAAGGAAUAAGCCAUUAUCAUAAUGGCAGAGAGAGGGAGGCUGGUGAAAAUCUUCAAAGGGUAAGUUUCUGUGUCCCUAAGCAUGUGCAGUUGCCUGGAAGGAGGCCCCUUUGAACACAGUUGUGAAGCAUCAGAUUCCCAGUGUUAUUUUUCCUAAAUAGCCUGUUAGCAGAAAAACGGUUUUCUUCAUAUUUUAUUCAUUCCCUUGAGCAGAAAUGUAUUUUUCCUUUUCCUCUUCUUUUUCUAUGCAGGCACAUGACUUGUUUAAAGAGUUGUGCAUCGAUCCUGACAAGAUAAACAGCUUGUUACUACUGGGAUUCUCUGCUCAGGAAGCCCGCCUGGGUCUCCGAGCUUGCGAUGGGAAUGUGGACCAUGCUGCCAGCCACAUUUCCAGCAGGAGAGAGGUACAGUGCCAGGGUGGUACCAUAAGGGUCUGUUUUAUAUUACUGUGGUGCAGCAAGUGGGGAAACAUGAGGAAAAGCUAAAUACCACCAGCAUUGGAGAUAUGUGUGUGUGUGUGUGUGUGUGUGUGUGUGUGUGUUGCUGCAUGACAAACCACUGAAGACACCUCAGAGAGGUUUCCGCAUAAUGACCGAAUGGGUGGAUCCAACCAUUAAAGAGGCAGAGCUGUACUCACUUACACGUUGCUUUUCCCAUUUAAAAAGGUCAUGGGCUGAAUUUCUAAACAGCUUCUGAACUUUUGAAUUUAAUGAACAAUUUGAACAUCCUUUGGUAGAAACCUCUGAGAGAGGUGAAAAAAGAAACUUGUCCAAAGUCUGUGCUGCACAAACCCUUUUUGAUUGUAAUAAUAAUAAUAAUAAUAAAUUUUUAUUUAUACCCCCCGCCAAGACCGGGCUCAGGGCGGCUAACAACCAGUAAUAAAAACAAGUUGAUUAAAAUACAACAUUAAAACAAUUAGGGAGCAAUCUCUUCAUAGGAGGAGAAAGGAAAAAGAAAGGAGGAAGGAAUCAAUCUGAUUCCGAGCCAAAGGCCAGGUGGAACAACUCUGUUUUACAGUCCCUGCGGAAAGAGAUCAGAUCCCGCAGGGCCCUGGUCUCAAGAGACAGAGCAUUCCGCCAGGCAGGAGCCAGUGUUGAGAAGGCCCUGGCUCUGGUUGAGGCUAAUCUAACUUCCUUAGGGCCUGGGGCCUCUAGGGUGUUGCUAUAUAUGGACCUUAAGGUCCUCCGUGGGGCAUACCAGGAGAGGCGAUCCCGUAGGUACGAGGGUCCUAGGCCGUGAAGGGCUUUAAAAGUCAAAACCAGCACCUUAAAUCUGACCCUGUACUCCACCGGCAGCCAAUGCAGCUGGAAAAGCAUUGGGUGAAUAUGCUCCCAUGGCAGAGACCCCGUGAGGAGCCUCGCUGCAGCAUUCUGCACCCGCUGGAGUACAGAAUGUAUUGUAGACUUUCUGUGCAUUCCCUGUAUCACUUCCUUGAGAACUAUUGCACCAAGUGGUUUGAUGACUGCCGCUUUCAUCAGGUCCACUGUAAGGACGCCAGCAAGAAACAGUUGUAAUGGGAAGAAAUGUGUCUGAGUCAAAGGAUAAUCUUAACAACACAGAAAAUAUCCACCAGGAGUGUGUGUGGGUAUGUAGCUUGCUUAUCUAAUAAAUAGCUUUCUCCCUCCACCCCCGCCCCCCUAAACCACCACUUGUACAGGAAAAAGCUCAAAUAAGAAGAGAGGAGAGAGCUAAAAGAAGAAAGCGAUUGGAGGACAUUAACUCCUUGAAGAGUAUGGGCUAUUCAGAGCGAACUGCUAGAGAAGCUCUUCAUAAUGCAAAAGGAGACCUUGAACUAGCGGUUAAGGUAAAUGCUUUUCCAAACUUUUAUUAAACUGCAAAAGAAAAAUCCCACAUUCAGUUGAAGUACAUAAAAAGAAAUUCUGUUGGCUUUAUAGUUCUCUGGCCUUCUUCACUUUUAUGGACCCUAACAUUAAAUCCCAACCUGGCGAAUCAGGUUUCACUGUGCACUGAUAUGUAGAGUCUUGAACAUGUUCAUUGGACAACGCUCUUGAUUCUAGGAGUUUCUUACCAAGCCUCCCUGUGCCUGGAUCUGCGAAAUGAAACAAAUGGAUUUCAGCCGCAAACAAGUUCACUGAGCAAAUAAGGAAGAGGGGGUGUCAAGCUCCAUUUGAUGAUCCAAUGCCUGUUGUUUUCCCCCUAAAAAACUGAAAGGUGGCCAUUAAAGCAAGAAAUAAUGGCUGUCUUUGUGGCUACUCUUCAGGAGUCCUACAUUGAGGGUGGUCAGUGGCACCCAAAAUGAGAUGGAGGAUAGUCCGGGGUGCAUAUAGUAUCCCACCCCACUCUCCCAAUUGUUUUUUUGGACAAUCUAACACUUGUGUGAACUGGGGAGGUGUAAAUUUGUUCAGUAUAUAUACUCACUGUUUGUUGUCUGCUCUAGAUUAUGCUUGAAAACCCUCACCUACUCCUAUCAGAUGAUGACGAUCCGGUGCCCAGGAACCAGUUUCAAGUUCCCCAGGAAAGUAUUGAUCAAGUAAGUCCAGAGAAUAAGCUUACAUUUAAGAAAAACAAAUCCAGUGACUUUUAGGGUUAUCAGGCCUUGUUCUCCUUCUAAGGUCCAGUUAUAGUUCAUUGCAAGCUACUGUUUACUUCAGCAAAGCCGAUUAGUAGACCCUAGGUAUAUUUGUGGUGCAUUUUCCCCAAACCCAUACCUCUUGCAUCGUGGAACAAGAGCUGAGAGUGUGGCGUUUGUAUAUGGGACGUGCACUUCAAACUCCCAUUCAGCCAUGCAGUGGUAGCCUUAGGCAACUGUUCUCUCUUGGUGGAACCCAAAUUAAAGUCAUUCUUAGAGUGAGAUUUAUUGAAAUCAAUGAUGCUUAAGUUAGUUAUGACUUGGGUCUAAAUCUGACUGCGUGCUGUCUUUUUGUGUUACCGUAACCUAGCUUAUCAGGGAUGCGGGUGGCGCUGUGGGUUAAACCACAGAGCCUAGGACUUGCCGAUCAGAAGGUUGGCGGUUCAAAUUCCCAUGACGGGGUGAGCACCCAUUGCUCGGUCCCUGCUCCUGCCAACCUAAGCAGUUCGAAAGCACGUCAAAGUGCAAGUAGAUAAAUAGGUACCGCUGCGGCAGGAAGGUAAACAGCGUUUCCGUGCGCUGCUCUGGUUCGCCAGAAGCGGCUUAGUCAUGCUGGCCACAUGUACGCCGACUCCCUCGGCCAAUAAAGCGAGAUGAGCACCGCAACCCCAGAGUUGGCCACGACUGGACCUAAUGGUCAGGGGUCCCUUUACCUUUAACCUAGCUUAUCAAGCUGUUCUGACAUGAAAAUGCUAUGUUGCCCUCUUUGGAGGAAGGGUCCAAUGGCUGGUGACGUGUAUAUCUUCCUUGUCCUUUUCUUGCUUAGUUGGUGUAUAUGGGCUUUACUCCUGAAGCAGCAGAGCAAGCUCUGAAAGUGUUUAAAGGCAACAUUCAGCUGGCUGUGCAAACACUUGCUCAUUAUGGGGGAUCUCUCCCUGCUGAAUUACAGACCCCUUCAGAUAGCAUCACUCCCUCAGAUGAAUCCAGUUCGUCAAAAGACUCUCCUACGGACUCUGCAGGUAAAGGGGUGGGUGAGAUACUGUGGGGUGAUGAAACCAGGAGAGAAGAGGAAAUUAUGUCGCAUACAUAGUGCCGGUUGAGACAAGGAAGAUGGAGCACAGAAAUACUGGGAAAUUUCCUUCUCCGUGGGCAGCUUCAUACAUGUUUGGACUGUAGCAGCAAGGAGAAUGUUAAGUCAGACACUGCACUAUAAAGUCGAGGUGAUUCACACAUUCAGCUGUGAGUUCUUAUCACACGAUGCAUGUGGGAACUGUUCCCCAUUUCUCGAAUUGCUUAGUUCUCCAUAUUGACUGUGCAGCUGCCAAGUAGCCGCAUGAUGGCUUGAUGCUGUAAAACUGACAAGACAGCUUUACAGAAGUAUUUCUGAUGGUAUGCACUGGAGGCAUUUGAUUUAGUCUUAGUGUUAUUGUGCAGCUGAUAGGUUUGUUUGUUUGUUUGUUUGUUUUAUUUUCAUUUAAGUAGGAUAGCUCAGUUGGUAAAGCAUGAGACUCUUAAUCUCAGAACGUGGGUUCAAGACCCACAUUGGCAAAAUAUUGCAGGGGGGCAGACUAGAUGAUCCUCAUGGUUCCUUUCAACUCUACAAUUCUGUGACUUACAAAUAAGAUAAGAUAUACCCAGUUAAAAAAACAACAGCCUAACCUCAACCACAUUUAAUUGCUGCAAUUACUCUGACAGCAUAAUUUACUUUUUUAUUUAUUUUUAUUUUGUUUUUAUUUUUAAUUUAUUAAUACCCCACCUUUCCACCAGAACCAUGUCUUAAGGAUGCUUACAAAAAUUAAAACAAGCACAGAUUCAACACAGAAAGAUAAAGCAAAUAAAAGAUGAGUUUAAAAGUAAUUAAAACAAUGUUUAAAAAAUCCUAAAUAUUAAUAUUAAAAACUCUAAAAACAGCACAGCACUAUUAAAUAUUGACAAUAUUUCCUGAUGGGAAAUUUGUUGUUCCAAACAUCACUAACGCUGCCCAUCAUUUCUUAGGCUGCUGAGACACUGCAUCAUGACCUGUCUGUACAUCCAUAAUGGCUAUUAUUUUUGUCAUAAGCAUUAUGUGCACAGUUUUUCUGCACUAUACAUUGGUAAAUGGUAAUUAUUGAAUAUGUUAUAUGGUCAUAAGCAACCAAUCUAUUAUUUAUUUAUUUAUUUAUUUAUUCCCCAUAAAUCAUCUUACUAUUUUCAUUGUUAUCAGGAGAGAUACUAAAAGUGGUGAGUUAGUUGCAGACAGUUUGAGAGAUACUGAACAUGGUUUUUUUUUUAUAGAAAAGAAUAAGGGAGUACUCUGAUGUGCUCUCUGAACUUCUUUGAGCAGGUUCCACAUUUGAAAGUCUUGAAACUACGGUGGUGGGUGGGUUUGCAUAGUUUCCUGAACUUCAAUGCAUGUCAUAAAUCUUCCUACAGUGGUGCCCCGCAAGACGAAUGCCUCGCAAGACGGAAAACCUGCUAGACGAAAGGGUUUUCCGUUUUUGAGUUGCUUCGCAGGACGAAUUUCCCUAUGGGCUUGCUUCGCAAGACGAAAAUGUCUUGCGAGUCUUGAGAUUUUUUUUUCCGCUCCCCCCCCCUUUUUCUAAGCCACUAAUAGCCUUUUAGCAGCUAAACCGAUAAACCUUUAAUAGCCGCUAAACCGCUAAUAGCGCUAAUCCGCUAAGCUGCUAAUAGGGUUGCUUCGCAAGACGAAAAAACCGCUAGACGAAGACACUCGCGGAACGGAUUAAUUUCGUCUUGCGAGGCACCACUGUAUCAUGAAUGUAUUGCAAUGGCAGGUCCUUCUGGCCCCUUCCUAGGUCAUAAAGUCAGAGACUUCUUUUGCCACCUUAAUAUCUUUAUAGAAGAUCACUGAAGUUAGUGGAGAGGACUCUGAUGCCCACUUGUUCCCUCACAACAUCCUUGUACUACUUAGGCUAUGUAUAGAUAGAUGUUUUUUCAUGUGUAUAUAUAGACUAGGAACAUCCCAUUCUUUCAGGUGGAUUGCUAGUCUUAGCUAUCCAGUAUCAUAGCAGAUAUCCCGUCUAGACUCCCACCAUUGACCCAGAGAACUUAAUACGGCUAUGCAUUAAUGUUAAUUACCAUUGCUGUCUGGCGAUGCCAUCCCCUUGUCCCUCCAUCUCCAUUACGAAACCUCAGCUUUGAUGCCAGGGAUUUUGGUAGGUCCAAACAAAGUAGUUUAUAAUUGCUUGAAUCAAGUUCAGCUUUUCUUCCUUGGGCAGUUUUAUUAUCAAGUUACGAAAGAAAGAAAAACUCAGGCAAGACGUGCAUUUUUAGCGUUGUCGUCCUGUCCAGCAGAGUUAUGUUUUUAAUUUGGACCGCUCUAGUAUUUGCUGUUUCGCCUUGAAUGUGAGGGUAUUAUUUUCGACCGUUUAUUUUUUCUGUCGUUAGAAAAAGUGCCCCAGAUAUCUCCCUAUGUUUGGCUUUCCACUUAGCUUCACAUCAGUGGGCAAUUUCCACUUCAGUUGUGUCUCUGUUUACUCAGACUUGUCAAAACUCAUAUACUGCCAGAUCUCAAAAAAAGCUCAUUUAACUGUGACAAGGUUAAGGCUCUUGGGGGUAAGGGGAGAAUCCAGGCUCUCCAACCAUGUGUCUUCCACCCUAAGUCAUCCUGUGGACUCUAGGGUACAACAUUGAUCAAUACAUCAGAUACCAAAGAUGACAGGGGAGCCUUGUUUUAUGCCUCUCUGAAGAUAGACAGUCCUUGACUGCUGCCCAUUGCCCAGAAUGCCACCUGUAAAAGGAAUCUAUCCAAAUUCUUAUCCCAUACGUUUAAAGUUUAUCUAAAGCACCUCUUAAAAUAUUACAUCUCCUUUCUGCAUCUUCUGUGCAUUCAUUAAUGGAGAAAUGGACACAAUUCGUUAUACCAAUUACUACAUCUUUUGUUUUUGUUCAUGGGGGAGCGGGCUGCUUAUGUAAAAAUUAGAUCAAAUUCCUCCCUUAAGAAAAGAGAGCCGUCAUUUUUAAUGGGUUGUUCAACCCACUUACAUCCAAGCUCAUCCAUUUGAAAUUACUCAUUUUUUUAUUUUUUGUCUGAAAAAAGAGAAAAGGAAAAAGAGAAAAGAAGAAAGAGGAAAAACUCAAGGUAAUAACGGCCUUCCUAUUAUCACUAAUUGCUUGUCGGAAUGAGAUGAAACAGUAUAAUUAAACUCAAAGAUGGCACCCUAAAAUUCCCCACUGUAUCUUCAGGGCAGCACUGCCUUCACAAUCUUCUUUAUUUCUUAUAUCCUCUGUUGUCAUGUCAUUUAAAGCUACACUUUCAACCUCCUCUGAGCUUAUAUAUAUGUUAUAUACCCUCUGCCUCUUGCACUGAGUGAUAGUCAGCUCUCUUUAAUAAUCUACCAUUAAUUUCAUGGGAAACCCCAAUCUGUAUAUUCACUUUUCUUUACUUAAUGGUGGUUUAAAAAAAUGUAAUUCCCUCCUUUUCAAGUAUAAACCUGAAUAAACUAAAACUUCCAAUCAUUCUACCAUCAAUUUAGGGAUUUUGUAUAGUGCAUUUCCUCUAAAUCUUUCCUCUGCCUGUUCUAUAAUUUUACUAAGAGAUUUUGAGGCAUGUUGGUUUUUCUAAAAUGUUUAUUUAAGAUCCUAUGGUUGAAAUCCUAUGCCCAUUUUCCUAGAAGUAAGCCCCUCUGAACACAGUGGGCCUUUGAGUAAGCAUGCACAGGUUUGUGUUGUAAAAGCUUUAACAAUCUUUGCUUUGGUCUUAAUACCUGAACUUAUACAUGCAGUGAUCAGUUCCUUUAGACUGCAAUCCCAUACACACUCACUUUGGAGUAAGUCCUACUGUGACUUAAUUCUGAAUAGACAUGUAUAGGAUUACGCUUUUACAUAAAGAACUAGCUCAGCUCCAUCUCCUUCCUUCAGUCUUCUUACUCUGAUGAUACCCUGUUCUUAUGCUUCUGAUGUCUAUAUCCUCUGAGGGAUCUGAGAAUUUAUCUGCUGUCUCUUCUUGUUCAUUAAACCUUUUGCUUGUAUGUGAAAGGCUCUUACAAACUUGUUUGUACUUGUCACAAUUUCCUAGAUUCCUUUUUGUAUUUUAACCACUUUCUGUUCUUAUACUAAAUUUGUUUUAUGCUUGAACGCUCUAAAUCUAAAGAGCUUACUUUCAAAUGUUGGCUUCUGCUUCAUGCAUGGAUUUUAUAAUGGGUUGCAUGUAGCCAAUGCUGGUUCUACUCUGAGUAGGGCCAUUAAAAUUAAUGGACAUAACUAACUUAGGUCCAUUGAGUUGGAUACAACCCACUAAAUGAUAUUUUUCUUUAAAUAUUAGCUCUUUAUCCAUAAAAAAGUCUUGCACAGUGACGGCUUGAAUAGAUUCCAGGGUCAAGUCACUAGCAUCUUGGGGUGGCCCCUCCCCCCUUUCGUUAUGUUAAUGUUCACAAUACCGUUGUCAGUAACUAGUUACGGGUCUGGACGUUAUGGAAAUAAUCCCUGCUUCUCAUCCCCCACUGAUACCGUGCUUGAUAGAAUCUGGAAAAGGUUUAAGUCUGAACAGUACAUCUCAACUAUUGACCAGAUUAGAGAUUCCUAUAAAGCCUUUUACCAAAUCAAAUUGUUGAUGCAAAGUACUGUUGCAGAAGAGCUAAUGUUAUGGUGAGGUACCUUUUGAGACUUGAGAAUUAGAGACUUUUCCGUCGUGUGUGCUACAUGCCUGUCUUGUUUGCAGGCACUUCCGGGGCUUCAACUGAUGAAGACAUGGAAGUAGAUGCUGUCAAUGAAAUCUUAGAGGACAUCCCAGAGCACGAAGAAGAUUAUCUGGACCUAACUCUGGAAGAGGAAGAGCUUGUCAUCAAUGAAUACCUCUCUUACAUACAGCACCUGCAAACACAGUCCCAGUAGGCAAAUUCUGAAAGACUCCAGUAUCACAUACAUGAACCAGCAUUUGUGGGGCUUAGAUCCAGGGGGGAAAUUAGUUGCAUGUAAGUCGCAGUGAAGUCAGUGGGUCAUGACUAAUUUUAAGUGUAAUGUACUUAGUCUAGAUUAGGACCGUGGACUUCUAAUACUUAGAUUGCAAAUAUGUCUGACCCUCUUUUUGCCAAAUGCCUUAAGUUAAGUCAGUUGCAUAUUUUUUAAAAACAAACACUGGCAUGAGUAAAACCUGUAGUACUAUUAAUCUAGAGUGACACUGGAGAGGAAUACAUUUAAUUGUAGAACAAAAAUAUUUGCAGAAGAAAUAUUUUUAUAGAGAGCUUCGAUAUAUUAUAUUGGUGUGAAAUUCAUCUAUUUAAUUAGUAGAGCAAAUAAAAUCAGUUCUGCAUACAUUCACAAAACCCAGAUUUCUUUUAAAACCGCAGAUCUGACUGUGACAGCACAUACAUAGUAUCCACUGUGACUAGCUCUAAUAUCUUCUGGUCGCAGAAAUAGAGACCUAAGUGUAUAGAUUUUGUCCGUUCUUAUAGAGCUUUUUCUGGCCAUCCUGUAUUCUAGAGCCAGCUGUAAAUCUAUGGUGCAUGGACUUUAAAGAGCUCCUUUUUUCAAUAAUGCAGUAACAACCGAUAAAAAAACCCCCACCCAUCCAUCACAUUUAUUGCAGUUUCCCCAUAAAGCUGAGGACUGCCCAUUUGGAAGUGGUAGGCACUGAAGUUAAUUAAUUAUCUUUAAAGGAAGAGGCUCUUGGGCAAUGUCCCAUGUUGCUUUUCCCUGCUGAUGCUUUUCCCUGGAAAAGUGAUACAAGUAUGGAUAUUCAUACUAUACAAAUAGCCAAACAUGUGCUUGAACUUCAGUUGCAGCACAUCAGUUUAGGAGUCUUUUGUUUCAAUUGCAGCCAUUUUGUGACCUCUUCCCCUUGUUGUCAGAAUGCAAAUGAAAGAAAUACUGCAAGCAGAGCUUUUAGAAAUGGGCUGGUGGGUUCUCCUGAGCUGCCUUGCUUAACCCUGUUCAAGAAGGAAAUUGUGUGGCCUCGCUUGCACUAAACCAAACCAUGCCUUAGCAAAAAGGAGCAAGUAUGCCAGGCACUCAGAGUGAAUAUCAUGGUCACUAGGCCGUGGUUCGGUUUAGUGCUGUGAGUGAACCUAGACUUGUGUGUCUCCCUGAAACAAACCACUAGUGGUGAAUCUAGAACCACAAACUUGGAUUCACACACAACACCAAGCCCAAACCAUGCCUUAGCUCUGGGUAAUAUGGCAGCAGCAGGACAAGGGGAGGAGUGAAAGGGUUGUGAUUUUUGCUCUGGGUACCAGCACACAUGCUCAUUUUUGCCAAGCCAUAAUUUGGCUUAGUGUUACGCGCAACCUGUGACGUGGUCUUUAGUCUAGGCUGUGCUUGUUCAGUAGUACCAAAAUUUAAGGUUUCUUGCCUUAAAAAUAGAAGUGUGUUAAAAGUACAAAGGCAGGCGCCAUGCUGUGUUAAACCAUUAAACCAUCCAGUUCAGUACUGAUAACUCAUGCCAUCAUUGGCUCUGUGGGAUCUCAUGCAAAGAAACACCUUUUCCAGUUUUUGCAAUAUCCCGUAACUGCUAAAUCUGUGUCUUCAGUAAAUCAUCCUGCACUGUUAUCACUGCUGAUUAGCAAACCUUGGAAAAUUAACUUGCAAACUGCAGCCAUAGAGAGCCUAUAGGAGGUGGUUUUGAUCUGGACAGGGUUGGCAACGUGGUACGAUUCUUCCUUGUACUGCUGGCUUACAAAUCACUCCCCUCCUUUAUCCUUCCAACGCAAAUUAAGCCCCUCUUGAUAACCAGACAGGGAACUACUGGUUGUAGUGGUGAUGUAGCCACAAUCUCAUGUGCAUUUAUGUAUACACCAGUUUUUGCAGCUAUAAACAAGGGGAAGUAAAUAAAGAAUUGUUGGUAAAAACAUGGCAGACACUAUUUUUUAACCUGCCUAGCAGUCCUAGUUCUGAAGGGAGCCUCCAAUGUGUUUAAAAUGCAACAAAAUAGGCAAAAGAAACUAUUAAGAGGCAAAUGUGUAUACAAGUUUUUUUCCGCAGAUGUUCCAGCUGCUACUGUGCUUCUGAAUCCCUGGACCACAAAAAAAUCUCAGAGUAAAUUGCUCUGAAAUGUUAGUCUCUCACCUAGGAGGCUGCCAUUGCCUCCUUAAAUCUCCUGUAGUUUGGUCUCCUGGGGGCAGAUUCAAGAGGCACCAGGAGAGCAAACGUGUUUAUAUAGCAAUAAAGCUUCAUGAUCUUAACUGGCACCCACAUUUUAAGUAUUAAUGAAGAACUACAAUUAUUGCCUUUGAUCUAGUAACUUCUGUUUUUAUGAUGUGAUGGUUCUUGCACCCAAACCUUUCCUCCUGUGACACAGGAUAAAAACCUUGGUCCUUGAAGAGACCUUCCCAAACUGAAAAAUAAGUUGCUGUCUCGCCACUAGAGGUCAGCCGGGAUUCAUUCAGUAUUUUAACUAAUAUGAGACAGAAAUGCAGGGUUCCUGUUCUGGAGAUAAUGCUCCUUAAGGCUGUGCUGGACUUGCUGCCAUUAAAAUGGCUUGGUCAGGACAGGGGCAGGCAGCCAGGUCACGGAGCAUCAUUCUCCCAUCAAGGCACACCCCAAAAGCCACAAACCAAGUCUGAUCAUCAGAAGGCGAUCUUGAACCUGGAUGUAUUGUGUGCACAUUAGGCACCUUACUUCACUUUUCCAAGGGACAGGACUAGAAAAUGGUAGGUUUCGUUUUUCUGAAAUGUCCUGAUGCACUUUGGGUGGUAACUUUAUGAUUGAACACAGUCAUUUGGGUGAUGACAAGUAUCAGGCACAUGAGAUUUGCUUCUCAGAUAAGGGGGGAUGUAGCAGCUCCUACCAGUGUCAUUGUCCUUACAACUAACUAGCACUUUCUGAUGGGAAGACAAUGUGCUGGUUAUCUGUUGUUUUCAGCCAUACAGACAGAAUAAAGAGUAUCUGCACUUGCUUGGAGACUUAAUUCAUUUUAUGAAUUCUUGAAAAGCCCAGCCAUAGUGGUGGAGAGGAAGUGGGGCUCCUGACACUUUUUCUGUAGCCUUUUUGGUGCUAGGUUUCUUAACUGUGUUUUAAAUACAAUGGUACCUCAGGUUAAGAACUUAAUUCGUUCGGGAGGUCCAUUCUUAACCUGAAACUGUUCUUAACCUGAAGCACCACUUUAGCUAAUAGCUGCCGCUGCGCCACCGCUGCACGAUUUCUGUUCUCAUCCUGAAGCAAAGUUCUUAACCCGAUGUAAUAUUUCUGGGUUAGUGGAGUCUGUAACCUGAAGCGUAUGUAACCCGAGGUACCACUGCAC